AUGGCGGAAGUCUUUGAUAUCGUGACCGGUGCUAUUGGUCUCGCAGGCCUCUUCCAGCAGUGCGUGGAAUGCUUCGAGUACAUUCAACUUGGUCGCCAUUUCGCGCAAGAUUUUGGACGGUGCCGCCUCAAGCUCGACAUCACGAAACGGCGAUUGAACAGAUGGGGAGAAGCCGUUAACAUCAACGAGAACCCCCGUUUUACCGAUACCGAGUCAGAGGAGGUCCGGGAAAUACUUGAAGAGAUCGCAAAACUUUUCAAGACUAUCCAAAGAUCAUCCAAGCGCUACGAGAGUAAGACACCCAAGGAAGAUCUCGAAUGCCUCAGCGAUGAGAACCUCCAGCCUGUGUUCCUAGGCCUCCAUGCGCGAUGGGCCAAAAUUGGCCGUCCCAAGCAGACGGAGGUCAGUCUGGUGAAGAAAGCAGCAUGGGCACUCUACGACGUGAAGAAUUUCGAGAAAUUGAUUGGAGAGGCCUCGGGCUUUGUUGACGAAUUGGAAAAGCUGUUUCCCGCCGAAGAGGGCCAGCGGUAUCGUCUUGUUCAAAUGGAGAUCGAAGACAUCAGCGACGAGGAAAGUCUGACGGUGCUUCAGCAAACCGCUGUUGAGACCGACUCGCUUUUGGCCGAUGCGAUCAAGGAGAAGGUCAAGGUUAUUGCCGUGAGGAACUACGCCAGUGAGAUCAAAGGCGAUGAGGACGCCAAGGUGCGUCUGGGAAACGAUUGGAGUGCCAACGCGUUGAGCGCUGCGAUAGGACUGGAGGAUCGCACUCACAAUGAGGCAGAUUCUGUGACUGCAAAAGGUUCAUCUACAGUGCACAUUGGGAACAUAUAUGGUGGCUGA